ACCACCCAGUGAUGUCCAGAACAACCUAAAACCAGGAGCGCGUUAUAAUGGAUGGAUCCGCUGGUGAUACGUUAUUGCGCGGAUCUUUUGAAGAACUCUCCAACACUCAGUCCGCUGGAUCAGGUUUUUGAUAAAUGUCUGAGGUGAAAUAACUCCGAGGUGGUUGUAUCACAGAGACUGUUGUUGUUGUGGAUGGACAGGUCAGGAGCGCAUAUGCAACACUGUUGGAUGAGCUCUGUUGGAUUUAUUUACCUCAUCCUCCUCCUGGGACGCAUCUGAUCGGAUCUGAUCGGAUGAAAUAAAAAGGAGAAUGUAUGGAAUAAACCAGCGCUGUAUUUACAUAUCAUUUCAUUUCUUCGUGCUGUGGUGUCAUGCUCAGGGGGAGAAUCACCCGUCUCCUAAUUUUAAGCAGUAUGUGAGGACGCAGGGCGCAGUGACGGACCAGCUCAGCCGCAGACAGGUCCGGGUCUACCAGCUCUACAGCCGCACCAGCGGGAAACACGUCCAGAUUCAGGGCAAAAGGGUCACCGCCACAGCUGAGGAGGGAAAUGUGUACGCUCGUCUUUUCGUGGAGACGGAUACCUUUGGCAGUCGAGUGAGAAUUAGAGGUGCGGAAAGUGGGCGCUACCUCUGCAUGAACCGGAAGGGGAAACUUGUUGGAAAGCCCAACGGCCGGAGCAGGGAUUGUAUCUUCACAGAGAUCGUACUGGAGAACAAUUACACGGCCUUCCAGAAUGCCAAGUAUGAGGGCUGGUAUGUGGCUUUCACCAGGAAAGGGAGGCCCAUCAAAGCGUCCAGGACGAGGGAGAACCAGAGGGAGGUUCAUUUCAUCAAGAGGCUACACACGGGCCCGCCUCCCUUCCCCAACACCGACCAAAGCAAACACUUUGAGUUCAUCCGAUUUCCGGCCACACGUCGAGCGAAGCGAAACAGGAAAUCACGUACCUCUUCCUAACACGCAGCAAAAGAAAUGGACUGAUGACAGUUGUGAUAUAGGAAGAAACAGAUGCAAUUUUAUUUUUGUAUAUUUUUGAUAGGCAAAAGAAAUGGGUAAAAUACCAUAAAUCUAAAGUAAUAUGGCUGUAAAAUGAUCAUGUGUA